CUGCAAUGGCGCCUGUAGAUUUCAAGUAUAUAUACCCACAACCCUCCAUGGAGAAAUCCCAAGAAAGGAGAGAUUGAAAUACUAAAAUGGCGGCUGCUUUUAUGCCCAGAGUGAAGCUUGGGAGCCAAGGGCUUGAGGUCUCAAAAUUGGGGUAUGGUUGUAUGGGGCUAUCUGGACCGUACAACAAACCUGUUUCAGAAGAAGAAGGGAUUGCAAUAAUAAAGGAGGCUUUCAGUAAAGGUGUUACAUUUUUCGAUACUUCCGACUUUUAUGGAGCAGAUCAUGCUAACGAGUAUCUUGUUGGGAAGGCAUUGAAAGAUUUGCCCAGAGGAAAAGUAGGAGUGGCUACAAAGUUUGGUAUUUGUAGAAUUGAAUCUACUGAGGUUAUAGUGAAUGGUAGUCCUGAAUAUGUUCGGUCCUGCUGUGAAGCUAGCCUCAAACGCCUUCAAGUUGACUAUAUUGAUCUUUACUAUGUACAUCGUAUUGACACAACUGUGCCUAUUGAGGAAACUAUGAGAGAGCUGAAGAAAUUAGUUGAAGAAGGUAAAAUAAAGUAUAUUGGGCUAUCUGAAGCUCACCCAGACACAGUAAGGAGGGCACAUGCUGUUCAUCCUAUCACUGCUCUACAACAGGAGUAUUCCCUAUGGUCUCGUGACAUUGAGGAAGACAUUAUACCCCUUUGCAGGGAACUUGGAAUUGGGGUUGUUUCAUACGGCCCUGUUGGCCAAGGACUUUUUGCUGGAAAGGCUGUUGUGGAGAGCUUGCCUACUAGCAGUUUCCUGGAAACACAGCCCAGAUUUACUGGAGAGAACAUUGAAAAGAACAAGGGCAUAUAUUAUCGUGUAGAAGAAUUGGCCAAGAAACACGGAUGCACACCUGCUCAACUCGCCAUUGCUUGGGUUCUUAAUCAGGGCGAUGAAUUUGUACCCAUUCCUGGAACUACUAAGAUGAAAAACCUUCACAAUAACCUCGAUUCUGUGAAGGUAAAACUCACUAAAGAAGAAUUGAAAGAGGUAUCUGAUGCAGUGCCCAUAAGUGAAGUGGCAGGACAUCGAAUCGGAGGUGCUUUUGACAAGUUAUCAUAUAAGUAUGCGAUUACCCCGCCAUUGAAGCAGUGAACUGCUGAGUGCUGAUAAAGCUCGAGCCCAGAGCCGGAUUUUAGGGCGUGCAAGACGUGCUACCGCACAAUGCUCCAAAAUUUUGGGGGCCCCUAGUCCAGCCCUAACCUAAUAGUUAAUAUAUGUAUUUGUGAUUAUAUUGGCUCAAAAUUAAGUUUUUUUUUUGCAUUUUUCUCUUUGCAAUUUUUCUUCAAUUCUCAGUUUAUUUAUACUUUGAUAGGGUCUCACUUAGUUAUUAGCACAGGGCUCGCAAACAAAAAAAUCGGCCCUGCUCGAGCCUCCAAGGAUUAGAAAAUUAGCAAUGCA